GUCGCCUUUCUCGCCAUAGUCCAACAGAAGCCAGUUUGUUGGUUUGGCAUCACUCCGCACGUCUUCGUAGCUGUCGAGUGAGCGCGGAUCAGCACAGAGCCUACUUACAUAGUCUGACUGACGCUGCUUGAAUGGCCGGGUCGCUGACGUCGGCCAUCACGUAGGCCGAACAACGUCACCGAAUGCGCCAAACGACGCGACUUGCCACAACGCUGGGAAGCGACUGCCCUCGCACCGUCAUGCGACGUGGCCGUUUGAGAUGAAGUCACGUUUCAGCCUGCGCAACAAGCCUGACGGCGAGUCUGCGCCAGGCACGGGCAAACCCGAUGCGAAAGCCGACAAGAAGCGACCGCCAAUGCUGACGGGCCUGUUCAACGAAACGCGCAAGAUCCUGCAAGCCGUACCAGAUGACUGGCCUAUGUUCAGCUCUCGUCAGGAAGAUUAUGAGCUGAAGGACGUCAUCGGCUUCGGCGCUUCAUCGGUCGUCUACUCUGCGUACUUCAAGCCGCUCGACCGAGAUUGCGCCAUCAAAGUGAUCGACCUUGAGCGAUGUAGCUCGUCUGCGAUCGAUAUGCUCAGGCGAGAGACGCAGCUCAUGUCACUCAGCAAGCAUACGAACGUACUGCGUGUGCGUGGCGAAUGGGUUGCCCAGUCGAAAUUGUGCAUAGCAACGCGAUUGAUGCAUCAUGGCUCCCUGCUCGAUAUCAUCCGCUUUGCACAUCAAGACGGUCUAGACGAGGUCACAUGCGCGACGAUACUCAAACAAGCGCUCUGCGGUUUGGCCUACCUCCAUCUCAAUGGCUACGUACAUCGCGACCUGAAGCCCGCGAACGUGCUCCUUGAUUCUGACGGGACUGUCCUCUUGGGCGAUUUCGGAGUGGCUUCUCUGCUUCUCGACGGCUCGAACACGAACGGAACAUCGCGUACGACCUUUGUAGGCACGCCGCUGUAUAUCGCACCAGAAGUGGUCCGCAGUGACCUCUACAAUCAGGCAGCAGACAUCUGGUCCUUAGGCAUUUCUGCCAUCGAGAUUGCGACUGGCAAGCUCCCCGGACAAUAUCUCUCGACAACGAAGCAGCUUCUGGCUACCGUAAACGACGUCUCGCCUACGCUGGACAUACUUGCGAACAAGCACACAUUCUCAAAGGCGUUCAAGGAUGUCAUUGACAAUUGUCUGCAGAAGGAACCCGCCAAGAGGCCGACAGCAGCGAAGCUACUGGGCCACGCCUUCUUCCGCCAAGCGAGGUCAAAGCAACACCUUGUCACGCAAAUCUUGGCCGACCUGCCACCUGUGAGCGAACGCCAGCACCGCCGUCGACUCGACUCGAUACACAACUCGAUCUACAAUGACUCGUGGGAUUUCAAUUCUAUCAACACACCUGCACGUUCGAUAGCAGAUACGCGCGACAUCUUUGCGGGCUUCACCGCUGCCCUUGUCCCUCCCUCGCCGGGGUUUUCUCUCCUACAGAGUCAAAUGCUGGCAACAGGUCUACCACUACCAGAAUCGCCAUUACCUGCAAGCCCAGCAGACGAAGACCUACCGUUCUCACCCCGGCGGAUGAGACACGGCAGCGCGUCGGAUAGCAUGAGCAGGGCCCAUCAGCGCCAUCGCAGCGUCACCUUCGAUACUGGUGCAUCCAGUGUGCGCGAUGUCUACGAGUAGACAAACUGUCGUUCUGGCUGCCUUCAUCCGAUCUCACUGUACAAUAUCCGUCUUCGGCGAAGGACCGUCACCUCGGUUCUCCGACUGACGCUGCAUCACGUGUACAAAUGUCGUUGUAUCCUCCUGCGCAUCCAUCUACUCUGUAGGUAUGUCAGAUCGCUUCCAGUAGAUACCCUCAAGCAAUCUAUGAAUUCAUAUGCAAACACAUUGAGAAAUACGAUACAUUGCAGGC